AUGCUGACGCACACCAAACUGUUGCAGUGUGGAUUCUUCAUCGAACAUAAUGUUUAUCCGUUGUUCUGUCCAGUGUUCCUGAUUUCUAUCAGUAGAAAGCAGGGUGCUUCUUUUUCAUUUUCAUACGUUGGAUUUCCUUUCUUACUCUCUUUCACUUUUCUCUCUCUUUCGUUUCUUUCUAACUCUCUUUCUUUCAAACUAUUUCUUUCGCCCUUUCUCACUGAAUGUCAGCUGUCCGUCUAUUUCAUUCUUUUUUUUUCUUUCUUCUCUCUUCCAAUUUGCCAAUCUCUCUCUAUAUCUAUCUAUCUCCUUUCAAUUUAUUUCUUUCUUUCAGUUGGUUUCUCUCUUUCAAACUUUCCUUCCCUUCACCCCCACCCACCUUCAGUCCGAUCUCCCUCAAUCUUUUCCCCUUUCUCUCAUUUUUUCUCCGUCAUAUUUCUUUUAAUUUGCUUACCUCUCUUUCAAUUGUUCAAACUUUAUUCGUCUGCGUCUCAUUACCAGCCUCCCCUUCCUCUCUCUUUUUCAAUCUCUUUCUUCUCUCUCUCUCUGCCCCUCUCUCAUUAUCUGUUUAUCCUCUUGUUCAUUGAUAUCAAUCAGCUUAUCAGCCAGAUUUUCAUCUAUCUUUUUCAUAUCAAUCAAUCUCCGACUGCUUUUCACUAUUUUGCUGCUCUUUUGUCUCCGCCAUAA